GAUAUACAUUCUUUUGUGAUGCGAUCGUACAAUGGGAUCGCACGUAUUGUCGGUUAGUCGAAUUUCUAUCACAAAGAAAUAAGCAAGUAGCCAGCCGAUUUUUCUCGCCGUUUAAACACGAAACGCCCCUCCGCGAGCUCUUGUCAUGUGGAUCUCGAGACCCCCAAGAUCACGGUUUCUCUCGCGCCCUUGUAACUCGCUAUCCAUUCAUUCCGUCCAUCGAUCAACGAUCGUAGAAAAAAGGAAAACGAUUCUUAUCAACCGACUCACCGGCGCCACUCGCUUCGCCAAAUAAAGGCGAAAUUAUAUCGGACUCGAUAAAAUAUUUUCACCGUUCACGGGAACUUGAACAAAGAAAACCGCGACCUUCGAGCGGGUACGUCCGUCGUUGGAGUGAAUUUCGAUUUUAGGUAAUUAGCUGACCGACGCUUGAUUACUGCAAUCAGGACUGGGUAAACUGCAUGAAGAUAUUAUAAUCACGCUCUAGUCGGGAAAAAGCUUAUUGAUUGUGGUUAAUGCGUGUAUAUCCCGGGCGUUGUUCGCGUUUCGAAUUUUCCCUGCUAAAAAUGUCGAUAAUUUAAUUUCAUUCAAAUGAAUGGACUUCCGUCGCAAACGAAACAAAACGAAUAAAUAAAUGAAUAAAUAAAUAAACAAUUUACGUCGGGUUUCCAGGAUGUUAUAAUUAGCGAAGAAAUUUAGUAUAAUUCCAGAUAACAGAAUAGAAUCUGGUCCCACCACUUGCACUCGUGCUUCUGCGCCCGCUAUAUAAAACCCUGAGACGCCUUAGGCUCUAGGAUCAUUACAAAAUGUACUCAGUCGCGGAUAACGGCCUCGUGGCAAGCGGCAAGUUGGAGGAAAAUUCAAAGACGAACAGUAACUCGAGAGGGCCGAUUCCCGAUUUGCGUGAUUUUAGUAAACAGGAAUUACAGAACUUCCUGGAUUCGUUCGACACGAUCUUAUCGGAUUGCGAUGGCGUGCUAUGGAGCUGUCACACACCGAUCAAAGGAUCGCUCGCUGCUUUGAAGGAAUUACAGGAGAUGGGAAAGAACGUUUACUUCGUAUCCAACAACAGCACGCUCUCCAUCGAUAACUUCGUCAAGAAAUUGGAGAGACUUGGAUUCCCAGCAAAAAAGCACCAAGUGGUCGUUCCGUCGUUGGUCGUUGCCUGGUACCUGACAUCCAUCGAUUUCAAAGGAGAGGCCUUCGUUGUCGGCACCACUGCGUUCAAGAAUGUCCUGAGAGAUGCUGGAGUGAAGAUAUCCACGUGUGACCCCGAACUCGUCGACGAGGAUCUCGGAGCCGUGGUAGAGGCUCUAAAGGAUUACCCGGGCGUCAAAGCCAUCAUCCAUGACUUCGAUCCGAACGCGAGUUGGAUGAAGAUAAUGAGAUCGGUGAUCUCUCUGAGGCGAGACGACUGCAUUUUUAUAGCGGCAGCGAUGGACGCCCUCGUGCCCGUUGGAGCCAAAUACCCUUUGUUAGGUACGAAGUUAUUCACGGACGUAGUCAGCCAGACGGUAGGACGACAGCCAAUUUUGACCGCCAAGCCGAGUCAGCUGCUGAAAGAGUACGUUUUCAAAAAUUGCGACCUCAACGGCGCGGAACGAACCGUUUUCGUCGGAGACACCAUUACUCAGGACGCAAAAUUCGCCUCGUUGUGCGGUUUUAAAAAGAUGUUCGUUACCUCCGGGGUUGCAACUUUGGAGGAUGCCUUGAAGGAGGAAGAAGCUCGUCCGGAUAUUUGGAUUCCUUCUCUCGGUGAUUUUUUGCCAUUGUUCGAAGGUCUCAACUCCGGACAAAAUUCAUCCGACCAAAGUCUUUGAUUCUUCUGACAUUGAUACUUGUCGCCUACAUGUGCGUGCACUUCGAUCACAGUCACAAAUUUUACUAUCUACACGUACGAGGUCCACGUCAUCGGUAUCUUCGACUACUCGACGGCCGAAGCGCAUUCAGAAGCCGCCAUUCCAACGAGACGGAGUAACAUAUCGUUCGCUGAUAGCUUAAGAAAAUAUUCGCCGCGAUUAAUUUUCUUCGUUAGAAAAAAUUCACCAUGGGUGCAUUUUCGAAGGAGACCGCUAUAACUAUUGGCGUUGGAGCAGCCGCAGCUGCUUUAAUCCUAACAACCACCUGGUGCCA